ACACACUUAUCAAGUCUUGCCCCCCUCUCUCUCCCCAACUCUCUCUCUCUCUCUCUCAUACUAAUCUGACAGCAGGUAGCAUUAACAGCCAUGGGUUCCUCCCCUGACCGUGAGACCUUCGUCUACAUCGCUAAGCUUGCUGAACAAGCUGAACGCUAUGAUGAAAUGGUAGAUGCGAUGAAGAAUUUAGCCAAGUUAGAUGUGGAAUUGACUAUUGAAGAGAGGAACUUGUUGUCUGUGGGAUAUAAGAAUGUGGUGGGCUCACGUAGAGCAUCGUGGAGGAUAUUGUCGUCGAUUGAGCAGAAGGAAGAGUCUAAAGGGAAUGAUGUCAAUGUGAAACGGAUCAAUACGUACAGGCAGAAAGUGGAACAAGAGCUUUCAAGCAUUUGUGGUGAUAUCAUGACUGUCAUAGAUGAACAUCUCAUUCCUUCCUGCUCUGCUGGAGAGUCCACUGUUUUUUACUAUAAAAUGAAGGGGGAUUACUAUAGGUACCUCGCGGAGUUUAAAGUUGGUAACGAUAGGAAAGAGGCUGCUGACCAGUCACUCAAGGCCUAUCAGCUGGCUUCCACUAGCGCUGAAACCGAUUUAUCUUCUACUCAUCCCAUCCGAUUGGGUUUGGCUCUGAACUUCUCUGUGUUCUAUUACGAGAUCAUGAACUCUCCUGAAAGGGCUUGCCAUCUCGCAAAACAAGCUUUUGACGAAGCUAUUUCUGAGUUGGAUACCCUCAGUGAGGAAUCUUACAAAGAUAGCACUUUGAUUAUGCAGCUUUUGAGGGACAAUCUCACAUUAUGGACUUCUGACAUGCCUGAUGAUGGAGAAGACCAGAAGAUGGAGAUCAUUGGUAAUACUGGUGAAGCUGAAGACUCAAAGUAACUGGACAUUGAAGCUUGCAUUCUUAAAUAAAUAGCGACUGAGAUCCUCUCCAAAAUUGUUGUUGUUUAACUGUAUUAUUGUUCUUACCCUGUAAUGUAAUUCUGUGGAGAAAUCGGCAGAUUUCUGAAAUCUUCCAAGCUUCACUUCCAUGCUCUGUAAAACUUGAGAUUUGUAGUUUGUAGAAAUUUGUGUUCUUUCUGUUCUUA